AUUGCGAGAGAACCAACAUACGACAAUUUACUGCUGCCAAUCUGAAGGAGACCUGUCUUUCCAAAGCCCAAACCGAUCCAUAUCUGGAACCAAGACGGUCGUUGAAUACGACGUUCGGUCCCAAUCCUAUAAGCCCACAUAACAACGUAAUCGCAGCUAAUUGCGAUACGUCACGACACUGUUGCAAUGGAUCAUCCACAGACACCGCGAGUCCUUGCGAAACAUCUCGAGGCAUUCCAGUAUAAGUUGGUACGGGUGUUGGGCCGUGUAGUUCAACUGCGUGGCGAGACCGCCGUUGUAGAUGCUGGCGGCAGUAUCAAUCUCAUUUUAAAUCGGGAUUGCCACCUCGCGCUCAACCAUGCGGUCGAAAUAAUUGGUAAAGUGGACCAGGGCCUGAAUGUCAAGGUUCAGGCAGCAACCGACUUUGGCCCCAAUAUAGACUUCGAAGCUUCGAAUGCAGUAGUGGAAGCAACACAUCGACAUAAAGAGAUUUUUUAUGACGAUGACUGAAGAUCCGAGGCUCUCCCUCUGAAAGAUGACUAUGUUCACGCUUAAUGGAAGUAUGGUACAGGAGGCAUAUCGCUUGGUAGGAAUAGAGCAAAUACUACCUCGGAGAGGAGUAUGAAUGUUAUCUUUAGCAUGAAAGAAGGAAUUCAUGAUAUCAUACAGAC